AUUAAUUAUGCACAGCUCAGCUAUAUAAGCUCCCAUGCAAGGCUGAAAAAGCAUUACAAUCAGUGAGAGAAAAACUUUGCUGUUUGAAACCGAGAUAUUCAGUGAAAAGAGAAUUGCACGGAACCAGAAGAGAGGAAAAAGUUAUUUAAUCUGCUCCAGUCAGGAAGCUCUCUGGACAAAUCUGACGAAUUGAGUUUCUAGUGUAAUAUACCAAGAUAACAUGAAUGACUUCUUGCAGACGGUAGCACAAUUUGCCAACGAUCACUGGGUCACACUUUUGAUCGGAUUUUUGCUUGUGUUGUUUUACCGGUACUUUGUUGAACCGUUCACUGUUUUCAAGAAACUUGGAAUCCCCGGGCCAACACCGCUUCCAAUAUUAGGAAACACAGGGAGGACUCUUUUUGAUCCAAACAGUAUUCCAAAACGUCAUCAGGAAUUGUACAAGAAAUAUGGCAAGGUCUUUGGAUUGUAUUUCUUCCGCCAGCCAUUCCUUAUGGUUGGUGAUCCUGACAUGAUCAAAGAGAUCCUCAUUAAAGAAUUUCCCAAGUUCCACGAUAGACUGAGCCUUAUAGAAAUUCCGAAGCCUUACAACAGAAUGCUAAGUGUCGUACCUGGUCAGAAGUGGAAGGACCUUCGUAAUACGUUGUCGCCGACCUUCAGUGCCUCUAAAAUGAAGCAUAUGAUGACUUUUAUGAAUGAAGCACUGGAUACUUUGAUGCAGAAAGUGGAUGGGAUUUCCAAGACAGGAGAGAUAGUUGAUUUCCACAGAUGGCUUCAGAGUCUGACCAUGGAAGUAAUUUUGUCAACGGCCUUUGGAGUCAAGGGGGAAACGCAAACUGUUGAGAAUGAUCCAAUCACUGAACUAGCAAAGAAGGCUAUGGCAGCACACCCUUUGGUUGGAAUAAUGUUGCUGCUACCAUUUGGAGACCGUCUACUCAAGUACUUCCCAGACCCUUUUGAUUUUGAGAAGAUUGGAGCCGUAGCAGCAAAAAUCAUCGCUGACAGGACAAAAGUAAAUGGCCACAGCAAAGGACAGCGGAAAGACAUGCUACAAUUGAUGCUUGAUGCAAAAGAAGAAACUGGAGGAGGAAAAGUUGAUAAUGAUGACAUUCUGGCUCAAAGUCUUGUGUUCCUUCUGGCUGGUUAUGAAACUUCCAGUACCACUUUGGGGUUUGUUUGUUAUCAUCUCGCCACUGAUACGCACGUGCAAGACAAACUGAGAGACGAGAUUGACCGUAUGUGGCCUGGAGACGAGAUGUCGCCGUCAUAUGAUGUUCUUCACAAGAUGGAAUACCUUGACAUGGUUAUUAACGAAGCACUGCGAAUGUAUCCCCCAGGGUUUAUACUCCAGAGAAACUGCAACGACACCUGCAUCAUCAAAGGAGUCAAAAUUCCAAAAGGAAUACCAGUCAUGAUUCCAUGUUAUGCAAUUCAUCAUGACCCAGAGAUCUGGCCAGAGCCCGAAAAGUUUGAUCCAGAGAGGUUUACCGACGCAGAAAAAGCAAAGCGUCAUCCUUACACAUUCAUGCCAUUUGGAUAUGGUCCUCACAACUGUGUCGGCAUGAGAUUUGCUUUGCUGGAAAUUAAACUGACCCUGGUGAGAUUACUGAAGAAAUACAAGCUAGAGCGCACUGAGAAAACAGCGCCGCCUCCACUUGAUUUUGCUGUUGGUGCUGUUCUCACCUGCCCUCCAGGGAAAAUCAUGCUCAAAGUUUCACCAAGGGAUUAAAAGCCAGGGCUGUGCACUAUCAUUUUCCUCGUAGACACCUACACUACAGUUUUUCUAGAAUUAACCUAUAUCGGACUGUUAUUAUAAAUGUAUAUAAGCGAUCCGUUUAAAAACGUUCUGUUGGCUUUAACAGAUCCGCAGAAUGGAUUAAAUUCAGUAAACCGGGUAUAAUGAUUGUGUUGAGUUUAGCAGUAGUAGUCACAUUGAGAAGUAACAAUGCGGUACCUCAAAUUUAAGUAGUCAAUAGAACUUAUUUUGAUGCCAGUCGUAGAGGAAACUCAAUGCUAACAUAUCCUGGUAAAUUCUACGUCUUAAAAGCAGGUUCAUGUCAGUAGUUUGCAGCUUGAAAGCUAGAUGGCCAUCUUCAUGAGUAUUUCUGACUUCCGUCUCUCGUUUUGUUUGGAUGAUCACAUGCAAAGCCUCACAGGUUUAGUUUGCUGCGAUGAGAUGUAUUCUUUUCUUGUCCAAAGUGAUGGAAAGUUAAAAAUAAACUGAAUGCAAUAUUACAUGUGCACAUCAAUAACAGACGUUUGUUAACUUUCAACCUUUUGGAAUUCGGCGUAAGAGCCCGGCAGAAUAAAGUUGAGGUCUAAUUUACGAGACAUUUUUCAGUACUGUUAACUUGGAACGUGAAAUCAGAUUCAAUAAGGGUAAAUGUAUACUGUUUUUUUUUUUUUGUAAUUUCAAGUGGUUGUAAUAAAGUCGUUACUGGUCCUGGACUACACUUAGUUGGUUUCUUAAUGAAUAACUUGGACUAUAGUUAGAACACAAUAAGGAAAAUAAAGAACAUGCUAUUUUCUUUCUGAA